AUGGCUGCUCCACAUGCUGAUACUGAAGAUGUUAGAAUUAUUGGUUACGAUCCAUUAGUUUCUCCUGCUCUAUUGCAGGUUCAAGUUCCUGCAACUGAUGCUUGUCUCGAAACCGUAAAGAAAGGUAGAGAAGAUGCUAUUAAGAUUAUUACUCGUCAAGAUGAUAGACUUCUAGUUAUCGUCGGUCCUUGCUCAAUUCAUGAUCUAGAAGCUGCUCAAGAAUAUGCUCAAAGAUUGAAGAAACUUUCUGAAGAACUAAAAGAUGAUUUAUGUGUUAUUAUGAGAGCUUAUUUAGAAAAACCAAGAACUACCGUAGGAUGGAAAGGUCUAAUCAAUGACCCUGAUGUUAAUAAUAGUUUCAAUAUCAAUAAAGGUUUACAAUCAGCAAGACAAUUGUUCGUAAAUUUGACUAAUAUUGGUUUACCAAUCGGUUCUGAAAUGUUGGAUACCGUCUCACCACAAUACUUGGCAGAUUUAUUAUCCUUCGGUGCUAUUGGUGCAAGAACUACUGAAUCUCAAUUGCACAGAGAAUUAGCCUCCGGUUUAUCCUUCCCAAUUGGUUUCAAAAAUGGUACUGAUGGUACUUUGGAAGUUGCUGUCGAUGCUUGCAAAGCUGCUUCUCACUCCCACCAUUUCAUGGGUGUUACUAAGCAUGGUUUGGCUGCAAUCACCACUACUAAAGGUAAUGAACAUUGUUUCGUCAUUCUAAGAGGUGGUAAAAAAGGUACCAACUACGAUGCAAAGUCAGUAGCUGAAGCUAAAGCUCAAUUACCAGAAGGUUCUAACGGUUUAAUGAUCGAUUUCUCCCAUGGUAACUCUAACAAAGACUUCAGAAAUCAACCAAAGGUUAACGACGUUGUUUGUGAACAAAUUGCUAAUGGUGAAAAUAUGAUUACCGGUGUUAUGAUCGAAUCUAACAUUAACGAAGGUAACCAAUGUGUUCCACCAGAAGGUAAAGCUGGUUUGAAAUACGGUGUCUCUAUCACUGAUGCUUGUAUCAGUUGGGAAACCACUGAUGAAGUUCUACGGAAAUUAGCUGCUGCCGUCAGACAAAGAAGAGAAGUUAACAAAAAUUGA